GUCCCUAAAAAUUAAAAUAAAAUCUCUCUGUUCCAGAAGUUUAACGUGGACGGUGACGAUGAGCUUUCUGAACCCUCCGAUGAUGGAGCCUUCGCAGCCCCAAAAUCCCGACGACUACUCCGCUGCUACCACGAUUAUCACCUUCCAACGUCCAAUUCCUCUUCUUCGCGGACCAAUUCGAUCCGGUCGAUCUGAAAAUCCAUCGGCAGGUCCGUACUUGCUUGCAUUUAGAGAUCCUCAAGCUUGGAAAUCUGCCUACAAAAUCUGCGAGUCUAAAAUCAUCGAACAAUGCGAGGCCGGCGCGAGGAUCGGUUGCUCAAUAACUGCUAUCAACAAAUGCAAGCGCCCGUGGUGGAGUUUUUUGAUACAGUCGAAGAAAGGGCUGGAUUUGAAGGAUAGGGAGCUGUGCGAAGAGCGCGAAAUGGAGGCUUGUUUGGCUGGCGCGAAGGAGAAGUGUGUCGGUUUUGCGAAGGAGAAGUGUUCUAAACCGUUCAUGGAAGCUAGAAUUGUAGCGAGGGGGAGAAAUAUAACAGAGAAGGAGGCGAAGAUGUGGAUUUGUUGGGCUUCAAUGGCUGAUAAAAAAUUUUCUGUCCCUUCGUUUGAGAUCGGCCGAAAGAUUUCUGGAGUUGGUCUUGAUAAGACGACUUAUCGGGCUAAUGAAUUGUUUGACAAUUAUUUUUCUUGAAUGGGUGCUAGUGACGCUGUAUCAUUUAAUGGUUGCCCUUCAUGGGAGGAUUUUGAUAGUAAACUCUGUGUAUCGCAACAAACAUUUGAUAUGAAGGAUUUUUUUUUUUAAAGGUCCGAUCUGGUGGAGCAUGUACGGUGGACGAACAACUGCUGCAAUGGUUCAAUCGAAGAUGGACGAUAUGAAGGACAGUUUCUUGCAUAUGCCUAAUGCUGUUAAGACGGCCAAACAUACCACAAUCUACGGGUCAGUUUCUUGGAAAUUCCAUGGUUCACAAGCAUUUAUUUCUAGUGAUUAAGUGACUGGUGUAGGGAAUAAUAAUGUAGUGUCGGUUUGAUUACACUUAUGUCUAGCUAAAUUAAUUUUAGUAUAUUACUUUAGUUAAUUUGGCAAUUAAUUUCCUUGAAAUUUUAGUCUUUUUCUUCCCAAUUCUCUGUACGGCUUAAAAAUGCCAGACUGUUCUUAAAAAACCUACGGAAGAUGAUGAAUUAGAAGAGCUCCUUCUAUGGAAUAUUUUGUUUUCUUUAGGAUGGAUAUCCUAUUUCUUUAA